AUGAGACGCGGAGGAGGUCACCACAGCACUGGGGCGAGAUCUGUCAGAUCGCUGUAUCACUGGGCAAGACUUUGGCGACUCUCUGGCGGGCCUCUGGCCAACCCCUCGGCGACACUGGCGAUACUCUCAGCUCUUCUCAGCCUCGUCAGCCGUCCGCUCGAGCCCGACCACAAGAGUUUGUCGCUUCCAGACUUCGGUGCUGGCUCAUCGGCAACUGUCUCGAGCGGUCUGCUCGCCCUACCUCUAGCCCCUAGAAUAUACUGCUGCCUAGCGAGUUGA